UCCCUGUUGACUAAGAAAAACAAUCUGUAUGCAUGAAUGGAGAUUUCAUUCCUGAGCUGGGUCUCUCACUCAUCCCACUGAAACCAGAAAACCAAAAUAUAGGGUUUAUUACAGUGGUAUAAUCGUAGCUUUUUUGGGCAAGAAUCUGUACUUGGGUCCAGAGAAAAAGUGGAAAAAAGUAGAACCCCUUCUAGGCCUUUGAUUUGUGUGGAGUCGCGUCAGCGGAAAAACGAGGUGGGUGGAUUCUCUCGCGUUUCUCGCCACCACCGUGGAAUCCUAAAUCUUAGAUUUAUUCCCAACCAUCAAAACCCGUUUUUCUUAUUCUUUAUCUGAAACCCUGAAUAGGGGCAUGAUUGAUUUGGUCGAUAACCAUUCUAGGGUUUGGGAAACCCUGGAAUUUUGAUUCACCGGUUGUGGGUUUUGAUCGCUUGUUUCACUGAUUUUGAUAAGAAGAUGAAACCCCAGAAGAGGAGGAAGAAGCAGGGGUCGCGACCGCGGAAGCCGGUGGGCAAGGAGGAGGGUUGCGAGCAAGAGGACGAGAACCGGAGGGAUGUCGGUGCUUUGAUGGAGGCUUUUGGCUCGGUUUCUGUCGUCGAGGCCGCUUCGGAGUAUCGGGAAGCGGAGGAGGACCUGAAUAAGGCGGCAGAGAUUUUAGGGAGGUUGGUGUUGGACUCUUCUGAUGAUCAGACGGCCACUUCGUCGGAGGGGUUUGUGGAGGCGAAUUGUGGUGAAGAUCUGGUGAAUGAGAAGGGUUUUAAAGGGGGUAAGAAGAAGAAGAGGGUGGUUGCAGCUACAGGGACUGUUUCAACGGUUUUGGGGAAGGACUAUGCUGUGUCGAAGCCGCCGAGGAGGGAUUUGAUGAAAGCAAAGCCUGUGAAUAAAGAGGAGGCAGAGCAGUUUUUGUGCUCAAUGUUUGGAGAUGAGUGCGAGCUGAGCAUGGCUGUGGUUAGAGAUGUUCUUUGUCAAUGUGGAUACAAUUUUGACAAGGCCUUGGAUGCUUUGCUUGUUUUAUCUGAUUCCUUGCAUGAGCCGGCCAUGAAUGGUAGAUGUAGCUAUAGUGCAAAAAGUAAAAGGGAUACAAGAUUCUUAUGCAGUGAUAAUUUAACUGAUGGGGCUUCUGAUUCAACCUCUCAUUCUUCCGAAUCCGAACUUCAGGAUAAUGCAGGACCUCUGGACCAUUAUUUCAGGAAUUAUGCUGAGGUUCUUGCAAGUUCUGAAACAUGUUCUCCAUCUAGCCCAAGAAUUUCCCAGUUGGAUCCUGCUCAACAGGUGCUGGAAUAUUUGUUCAACAUUCCCAAGAGCUCUGAACAAGAGCCUAGCACCAUGAAUUGGAGGAAUGUGGCGAAGAAAAUGGAAUCACUGGGACAAGGAUUUGAUUUUCAUCGUUCUGGUGUUGUGGAACCUCAGCCAAACAGCUAUGCUAAAGGAGAUGAAUAUCAGGCGUAUAGAAAAGCUGCAAACGAGCAAUGGGAUUCAGUUAAAUCCUGCUAUCAAAAAGCUGCAACAGCAUAUUCAAAAGGAGAACUGACGUAUGCAGCUUACCUUUCUGACCAGGGAAAAGUGCAAACUAAAGUGGCUCGAGAGGCAGAUGAGAAGGCAAGCCAGAACAUAUUCGAAGCCAGAAACAAGAGCAUAAAAAAUGUGAUAACCAUUGAUUUACAUGGACAACAUGUCAAACAAGCGAUAAGGCUAUUGAAAAUUCAUCUCCUAUUUGGAGUAUAUGUGCCCUCUGUUAAAUCUCUUAGGGUUAUCACUGGAUGUGGGUCUCAUGGUGUGGGGAAGUCAAAGCUGAAACAAUCGGUCAUUAACCUAAUGGAAAAGGAAGGCAUUGAAUGGAGUGAAGAGAAUCGAGGAACGGUGAUAAUUAAGCUGGAUGGACAGAGAGAUUUCAGAUUUCUGGAAUCUGAUGGUGAAACCGAGUAACUCGACUUAUUUGAAACUAAAGAUGAUUUCUCCCUCAGCAUCAAAGUUUGUGGUUUUAACCCCAGGGAGUCGUUGAGAACUGCUGCAACCCGGUUCUACAAGACCCCUGAGAUAUUUUUCUUGUGUCAAAAAUUGAUAGUUAACCCUAGGGAGGAGUUACAGGUCAUGUAGAGUAUAAUUGAAGGCCAGGUUGCAGAUGUAUCAUAUCUUGUUACAGGAUCUUUUUCUUCUGUGUUAAUGGGCCAAAGAUUGAGCCAGACAAUGGGCCAUCUUUGGGCUCAAUCCCCCCUUGUACAAUUUAUGAAGAAAAUGUAUUUUCUUAGCUACUCAUAUGACAGGGGCGUGGAUACAUUAACCUUAUGUACAAUGGUUGACUCAUUAAUGAUUUCCCAGCAGGAUUUAGAGUCCA